GUCUCUCUACAGUUCCCUUUCCUCAAGUUCCCUCCAGUUAAACCCUAAAACCCUCCUCCUAUAUAUACACAUACAUAUUUGAUUCUUCGGUAUUCUGACAAGGGUUUUCAUAUUUAUUUAUAAAUUUCUUGUCUUUAAUAAUUGUGCUACUAUUACAGCAAGAAUGUCGAGCAGAAGAUCGCGUUCGAGGCAGUCCGGAGUUGCAAGAAUAAGCGACGACCAGAUCGCCGACCUUGUCCAAAAAUUGCAGCAAAUUAUUCCCGAGAUUCGCCACCGGCGCUCCGACAAGGUUUCGGCAUCAAAAGUGUUGCAAGAGACUUGCAACUAUAUAAGGAGCUUGCACCGCGAGGCGGAUGAUCUGAGCCAUCGAUUAUCCGCGGUUUUGGAAUCGACGGACAGCGACCAAGCAGCCUUGCUUAGGAGUUUGCUAAUGUAAUAUAUAUUAGUACCAAAUAUUUCUUUAUUACGAUAUAUAUGUUUUUUUUUUUUUUUUUUUUAAUUUCAUUGUUGUCUAGGGUUUGGUCAUCUAUAUUAGGCCAACCUAUCUCUCUCUCUCUCUAUAUAUAUAUAUAUAUAUAUAUAUUAAUGUAUCAAUUUAUGUUUAUAUGAUUGUUGUUGUUGUGUAACCAAAUCAAGAAAAAAAAAAU